UUUCUACUAUUAGUUUAAAUGUAUCUGGUUUUAUGUGUCAGUCCUUGGUCCACUUGAGCUUUUUAAAGGGUAAUAAAGAUGGAUCGAUUUGCAUUCUCCUUUCAGAUUGACCCAGGAGGAUAUUGUCGACAUGACCAGGAGGACAAGCAUCUAGGGUAAGCAACAUGUCUUAUCACACACUGCUCCUAGGUUCUAAGAGCAAGAUCUGAGCUGGGGAGUCAGGGCCCUAGGGACUCCUCUUCCAGGAAUUCAUCUUUCCAUGCCCCAAACUAAACACCCUUUAUCACUACCAUUGGGAAUUCUUAAAAAGCCAAUCAGACUCCUGCAUAUCAUGAAUAUAAAGUAAACAUUUAUUAGCUUAGACUCAGUCUGCACUCUUGAGCAGGAUGAAAACCUUUGUACACCAGGCUCUCCUCCUGCUGCUCAUCGUCACUCUGGCUAUCACAGGGCAUCCAAAGGGUUUACACUCUCUGAAUUAUAAACAAACUCUCCUGGAAUGGCCUGGCUUUUUGGAACUACAGUUUAUCGCUGUUAUCUAUGCGGAUGAUAUACAGUUCCUAGGACUCAACAGCAUAUGGGGGAGUUCGAGGGCAGAGAACAAAGUACCAUGGAUGGAUGAGGAUGAACCAGAGACUUCAGAGAAAGUAACACAGAGCAUGCUGGAUGAAAAAGAUCUCUUGACAAAAAUAAUGAAGAAAGUGCUCCACAUAUACAAUUACAGCAUGACUGGUUAUCACACAAUCCAGAGGAGGCGUGGCUGUUAUGUGGUGCCAGGAGGGCACUUCAGUCACGGAUUCGUAGAAUUAACCUUCAAUAACCACGAUUAUAUCAUGCUGAAUGAGGACCUGGAAACCUGGAGCGUGGUUGGCAAGGCCGCUGAGAUGAUCAGGCAAGACUUUGAGGAGGAAAAUUUUGCAAAAUACAUGAGAGAAUACCUGCGGGGUCCAUGUGUGGAAGGGAUCCUUGGACUCCUGCAAUAUGGUGAGAAGGCCUUGCUGAGAGCAGGCACUCCUAAAACACAUGUGACCCAUAAGGUCACAGCUGAUGGGAAAAUAACCUUGAGGUGCUGGGCUUUGAACUUCUACCCUGCUGAAAUCACCUUGAUCUGGCAGAAGGAUGGGAGCAACAAGACCCAGGAUGUGGAGGUGAUAGAGACCAGGCCUUCAGGGGAUGGAAACUUCCAGAAGUGGGCAGCUGUGGUGGUGCCAUCUGGGGAAGAGCAGAGAUUCACAUGUCAUGUGGAGCAUGAGCGUCUGCCUAAGCCCAUCACCCUGAGAUGGGAGUCUCCUCAGUCCAUCAACUCUACCAUGGCUAUUGCUAUUGCUGUGGUUCUUGGAGCUCUGCUUAUGGGAGCAGUGUUGACUUUUUUUAUAUGGAAGAGGAGGACUAAAGGUUAAGCUAACCACCUUCAUGUGGUAUGGAGCCAGGGAGUAUUUGGUAUGGUUUCUCCUCUUACGGUACUUUCUCUUUCAACAUCUAUGAUUAUGUGUCUGUCUCCUCUAAGCACAAUGUAAGCAGAUUAUGGGCAGCAGCAAAGUGCAUGCCCUCUCUUACUGUGCCCCGUAUCUCUCUUAUUCCAACAGAGACAUUGGAAUUUAGCUUUCACUAACCUACCACUUCAUGCUACUGUCCUUAACAGAUCAUUUGUAUAUGGUUUGUCAACAUCUUGGCAGAUUGUGUGAUUGAUUUAUGUCCUAAAAAUGAGUAAAUCACAAUGGAGAAAAUUAAAGGAUCAGAACCUUAUGA